UUCACGGACUUGUUCUCUGAUAGGGUUUGUGUUGUUUCCUGUGGGUUUCCUGUGGAAAGAAUCCAGCUAAUCUUUGCUUUUGCUGGUGGGAAAAAUGUGGUUUCCCAGAGAGAGCCGUGGUGGUCGGCGGUGGAGGUGACCGUUAGCUGCCUGAGGGCGUAGUCGCAGAGGUCACAGGUGUUUCUCUAGGAGUGUAGCGUGGAGAGAGAGAGAGAGAUAAUGGAGGUGAGGUUCAGAGAUCUGAAAGCAGACAUGGAGGAAAUGACGAUAUGGGAGCAGCACACUGUGACUCUAAACAAAGACCCUAAAGUGGGCUUCGGCUUUGCUGUCUCGGGUGGGAGAGACAAGCCAAAUCCAGCCAAUGGAGACACGGCGGUGAUCGUCUCUGACGUGCUUCCCAGUGGGCCGGCUAUGGGCCGACUCCAGACAAGAGAUCAGAUAGUGAUGGUGAACGGAGUGUCUGUGGAGAACUCCACCUCCCUCUACACCAUUCAGCACCUCAAGAGCUGCGGCAAAACAGCCAAUAUCACCAUAAAGAGGCCUCGAAAGAUUCAGGUCCCGUCCAGCAACAGGCCCACUCGCGCUUCCUCUCAGUCCAACCUGCUGGAUAAUGACCGAUAUGAGCAGAGACCUCGCCGAGGGUCAGACGGGUACACCCGCCGCCCCCGCAGCGCCACACCAGAGCGCAACGGCCACGACCUGCCCCUCAUGUCCGGCUUUAAAAGACUGCCCAAUCAGGACGUGCAAGACAAGCCCAUCAAAACCACACUGAUCAAGAAGAAGCCCACAGAUGAGUACGGGAUGAAGCUGGGGAGUCAGAUUUUCAUUAAACACAUGACCGCCACCGGUCUGGCUGCAAAAGAAGGCACACUGCAGGAGGGUGAUCUUGUGCUGAAGAUUAAUGGAAUGACCACAGAGAACCUAUCACUGCUUGAGACCAAGCACUUGGUAGAGAAGUCCAGAGGUAAACUGACCAUGGUGGUCUUGAGGGACAACAGGAAGUUUCUGGUCAGUAUUCCUGAGGUGGAGGACAGUCCUGAGAACAGUGCAGAUGAGAGAUACAAGGAGAGCAGCUCUGAACUGGAAGAUAUUUCGGAUCUGGAUACAGAUGAGCGAGCGAACAGAUCUCGUCCAGUUGCACGAGAGCGACGCACACGCAGAAACAGAACUGAAGCUGCUGCUCCUUCCAAAGCACGUGACUCGUCCCCUCUGCACUCCACCCUGACACGGCCAGUCGCCCAGUCCAAACCCACGCGCAGGGUUUCGUCAGAAUCAGAAUCCGACCGCAGCAACUCUCCUCCACCUAAACACGACAGCCUCGAUAACCGAGACCGAUACAGAGUGCUCUCAGGUGUCUCCACGCUGCCGAACCCUCGAGCUUCUCCCGUGCCUUAUAACUUGAACGCUCCUCACAACACAUCCUCAGCCUCACGGCCACGCAGAGCUGUUUCUGAGUCUGAUUCAGACAGGAGUGCCUCUCCACCACCCAGACGAGAGAGUCCCAAACAAGACCCUCACUCCAGAUACAAGGUUCUUCCUGACCUUCCUCCACCUGGCUUGAAGACAUCUACCAUGAGCCGCUCCCAGGAGCUCCUCAACCGUGGGGCGUCCCCAUACAGACCCCCACCACGAGAUUCUGAGUCCGAUUCAGACCAAAGCUCUGGACCCCCGCUCCGUCAGGCCACGCCCUCCAGCCAGGACUCACGCAACAGAUACAGAGCCACUCCUGAGGUAGUAGCAGCUCCCAAGGUCGAGCCUCCAAAAUGGUCCAAACCCUCCACACCCAUUAGGAGAGGUCCUUCAGAGUCGGAGUCAGAAGAAAGUUACCCCUCAAUUCCCAGAGCAGACCACUCAUCUGUACACGAGAGUGUUCCAGAAACACAAGUGCAAUCAGUCCAAAGUAAACCCCAGACAUUUUACAGACCACCCUCUCCUGAAAGACCUCCAUCUGAAGACUCCUCUGUUUCUGAAAGAGGCCCUUUACCCACCAGGAGAUCAGGCAGCAGUGAUCAGGACAGCAAUCACAGCUCUCCUGCAGUUUACCAGCCGAAUUCCACUCUGCGGUCUGACUCAUCCAAACCCAGCCUACCCAGGAUAAAUGGUAAGCCAGUAGAGGAGCCCCUGUACUCCCUGCCUCCAGAUGCAGUUCCAGUACCUAACACAGGGUACAGCUCAGACCAGAAAUCGGUGGGCUUUGUUAAGGAGGGGAGCGUGGGACUCCGGCUGGUGGGAGGAAACGAUGUAGGGAUUUUUGUGGGCGGGGUCCAGCCUAACAGCCCCGCCCAGAGGCAGGGCAUGAAAGAAGGAGAUCAGAUUCUGGAGGUUAACGGAGUCGACUUUGGUCACUUUACCAGAGAGGAGGCUGCCAUGUUCCUCAUGAACAUUCGUACUGGAGAUCGUAUCAACAUCCUCACUCAGAAUAAAAUGGACAUUUAUAAGAAGAUCCUGAAGUCCAACCUUGGUGAUUCUUUCUACAUCCGCACACACUUCGACCACGAGGUGGAGGGCACCCACGGCCUGGCCUUCACUCGAGGAGAGGUAUUCAGAGUGGUGGACACAAUGCACCGGGGCAAACUGGGCAACUGGCUGGCCAUUCGCAUGGGUAACGACCUCCACGAGCAAGACAAAGGCACCAUCCCCAACCAGACCAGGGCUGAAACUCUAGCCAGCGUGGAGCAAACUCAGAGAAUCCAGGGAGCCGAGCGACAAGCAUCAGGCCCCAGGGCAGAGUUCUGGAAAUUACGGGGUCUCAGAGGGGCCAAGAAGAAUGUGAGAAGGACACGAGACGACCUUCUUCAGUUGACCAUCCAGGGCAAGUUUCCAGCAUACGAGAAGGUGCUGCUGAGAGAGGCCAGCUUUAAACGUCCUAUUGUUGUUAUGGGUCCACUGAAUGACAUUGCGAAUGAGAAGCUGUCUAGAGAAAUGCCCAAUGAAUAUGAGAUUGCAGAAAUGGUCCCAAGGAGUGGUGGAGACAGUGCGUCCUCAGUCAUUAAGCUGGAUACUGUGAGAAAAAUAUCAGAACAGGACAAGCAUCCCCUGCUGGACAUCACCCCUACUGCAGUAGAGAGGCUCAGUUAUAUUCAAUAUCACCCAAUCGUGAUGUUCUUGGAUCCACACAACCGCAAAGAUGUUAAAACCAUGAGGCAGAGAUACUCUCCCAACUCUAACAAAAGCUCACGCAAACUCUACGCCCAAGCCCUGAAGCUCAGGAAGCACUACAGCCAACUCUUUGCUGGCCGUAUUGACCUGCAACCCAAUUCAAACGUGUGGUACGAAAUUCUUAAAGACAAGAUUCGCCAGCAGCAGUCUAAGCCUGUCUGGGUCUCAGAGAUCACGCUUGAAAGUGGUGUUGAUGAGGAACUGGAUGCCUUCAACCGCGCCAAUAACGCUGAUUAUCUCAGUGGAGCCAGUGACUACGAGGACACCGACGGUGAAGCCUACACUGAUGGUGAGGCCUACACUGACAACGAGGAUCUGGAAGAACCCCCCUCCACCCAGCCGGGCAUCAUCGGGCGGAGAGGCACUGCUCUGGCCCGCUCCUCAGAACCAGCAGCCAGACAGAGCCCCAGCCCCGAGCUGGCCCAGGAUGAGGAGCAUGAAUAUACCUUACCCCCUAUCCUCCACGUCCCAGAGCCACUGUCUCUACGCCACUCCCCAGUGGCACCCCCAGACCUAGAGGAUUCUCCAUCACCCACCCAGCGCAGCUUCUCCGACUCGGACUUCAACACCGACUUCGCUCCACCCACCACCCCCUCAGAGGGCCCACCAGAUUUCAGGGCCCCGGACCCCACAGAGUUCUUCUCAGAGAGCCCGCAACCGGUCACUCUGUCCACCAUAGAGGACAAACUACAACAGACUCGUAUGGCAGAACCAGAAGUGAAGCCGGCUCCCCCAUUUGUUGUGUUGGCACAUCAUGAAGCAAUGAUGAUGAGAAGAACCCAAAUCAGAGGCAGCGACAGCUCUGCGGAUGAUGAUGAUGACUAUAAUGACGAAGAUGAAACUGAUGAUAUGGAAUGGGGUCCAGCCACAGAGCUCUAAUACACCCAGACUUAUCUGAUACACAAGACGUUUGUGGACUCAUGGACAGCCAUAUCUGUGGAAACAGUGUGAAAAUGAUUUUUUAUUAAAGAGCCGACCUUGUGGACGUACUCUAAGCACUCUGACCUCUGGAAAAAUUUUCUAAGGAUUAAUCUGGGGCUCCUUUGAUUUGAUUUUUUUUUCUACACUGUUGGACAUUUUUACAGUGAAUUGUUGCCUUAGAGAGAUUGGGCAUAUUUUAUAAACUGUUUUUAAUCUCAAUGUGUAUUUUAAAAUAAAAGCAUUUAAUAGUCAUCAGUGAUGGUAAAUGCAAGCAGUAGUCACACCAUAUUGUAAUUAGGCACUAUACUACACACAAAGGCAAUAUGAACAAUGAAUAAUGAACAAUGCUGACAGACUAGACCAGAUGAGCCUUCCUGCCUAAAUAAAUAAACAAUACACAAAAUAGCCAUAACAUUUAAACAGCAAAACCACUGACAAAUGAACCGGUAAACAGGUAAACACUGUGACAUGAUAACUAUAGACAACAGAAGUCAGAAAAUCUCCAAAUAGGCAUAGGCAGGUCUUGUCAGGUGUUCCCGGCAUGCAGUGUUGGCUACCCACCUAAAAACUUGCAGGACAGAUGGGUGCAUGCAAAGAUACCAAAGCCUUGUCCUGUUUCAUUAUUACAUUGUUCUGUUUCGAAGAUACAUAUUCAGUGUGUUUUCAGUCCCUUGAAAAUAAAACAGUAUGAUGGUUUUGACGACA